AAAAAAAAAGAAAGAAAAAGAAAAAAAAAAGAAAAAGAAAAAGAAAAAAAAAGAAAAACACCAAUGCUUUCAGCUGGCUGGAUUUAUUAUUUCAGGUUUCUGCUAGAUGCAUAUAAGUGUUUAAAUCACAUGUUUAUCAGCUCUCAUUAAAUAAUACAGCAUAACCUCUCAAGACUUGUAAAACCUCUGCUAUGGAUUUGUUACCUGCACUUGAAAAGCAGAAACUGUGUGUCUUACCUAGUUCUAAAUUCCUUCACACUGACACUAUGUAAACAGCCAUUCUUUGCAAUGCAAUGCAAUGCAGCAGAUUUUUUUCUUCAAAAGAAAUGUUUAAUUUCUAUUUAAUUUUAAACUAUAUUUUUUCUUUUUUCUUUUUAAUUAAUUUUACUUUUGUAAGCUAUUUUGUCCAUUUUGCAGUCAUAUGACUUGCUCUUGCAAUUUUAGCAUUUUUGAUACAGCAGGAUUUGUCUUUUUGUUUUUGCAGACUAUUAUGUUAAUUAAACCGUUAAAUUGUACAGCUAGCUUCUUUUUCCAGUUACUUUGUAUGUUACCAAAACGUUAACAUUCAUGUAUUUAUAAUAAAGCUUCUUCAUCAAAGCAAUAAUGGCCUUAUGAAUCAUUAAUAUUGUAUAAAUGUAUGUUUAUGGUUUUAAUUUCACUACAGUUCUUCAGAUGUAUAGUUUCUGUAUCCUUUAGUUUAGAUCUGUGCCCUAAAUCCCCCUCUUAUUUUACUUAGAAUAAACUAUAGGGACUUGUCCCCCUAUAGAUAUUACUACAGUAAAUCCAGAAAAUACUUGUUUUUCUCUUUCAGCUUUUCUCAGGAGUAAUGUUUUUGUUUAAGUCCCAGUUUUAGGUUGUAUCUCUGGUCUAAGCAGGCCUUCUUUUCUCCCCAUACAGCUUUCUCACCAGUCUGGGCUGUCAGAACUUCAUUGAGUACUUCACUUCCCAAGGCCUCCAGUCUAUCUACCAUCUCCAAACUCUCUCCAUGGAGGAUUUGGGUGCGCUAAAGAUACCAGAACAGUCCCGCCUCAUCAUCUGGCGAGGUCUGCAGGACAUGAAACAAGGCGCUCCCCUGCAGCUGCCUGCUUCUUCUCAUCAUCAUGACUAUCAUGGGCAGCAGCUACUUCGCUCCAGCAGCAACAUGACUGCCUCCGCAAUGGCGGCCAUUGGGGCUGCAGGUGGGGAACUGCAACGCCAGCGGGUCAUGGAAGCUGUGCACUUUCGCGUCCGCCACACCAUCACUAUCCCCAACAGGUCCAGCGUUGUUGGGACAUCAGGCAUGACGGCUGCUGAUGAGUGGGCUGACUUUGGUUUUGACAUGCCUGACUGCAAGGUGUCACGGAGCAAGCACUCCAUCAAGGAGGAAUUCAUGGAAAGUGACAUUCACUGAGACGCAAUAAAAUCUUGGAUCUUCUUUCCCAGAAGUUAUUGUCAGCAUCAGCUUACUGCAGUGUAACUACGUGACUAGGGUUGUUAAAUAUGUGUUUAGCUGCUCUUGUCAUAUUUUGAUGAUCAACUUUGAUCAAUUUUGAUUCUGAGAUAUUUUCAGUGUGCUCAUGCACUUUCAUGUGCAGCCAGAAGUUUGUGCUUGAACUGUUGUUCCAUCUAAUAUUUGAAGAUAACAUAACAAAGUUUACGUCUUCAGUCUUCAAAGCAAAAUGCAUUGUAACAAUAUAAUUGUCAAAGCAAUGCUGAACACACAUGAUCUGGACUUUGCUUUUUGGAACGCUGAUAAGUGCAAAAGCAAUUUUUUUUUUGGUUGCACUGUGCAAUAAGUAAUAACACAUUUUUCUUUUACAGCAUAUGUGACAUUGUUCACAGUAACAUAAAUGUCAAAAGAGGAAAAUUGCCACUGCAUUUUGUGUUUAGAUGCCAAAAAAAGGUUCUCAUCUGACUUAUUUUUUUUUUCUUUAAGUUGUCCUUCACUUGUACAAAUGUAUAUACUUUAUCAUGUAAAUGUUUUGGAGUAGAUGUUGUUGGAAAUAAUAGAGUCAACAUGAUGUAUCUGCUGUUUGAACCAAAUGACUAGAACUGGGUAACUCGAAUCCAUAACUAUGGGAACACAAUUGUGUAUUUUCAGUGGGUAUGAUAACGUGAUGACCGUAAUGUGGUUCGGUGUGGUGGUAUCGUUUAUGUGUAAAAAAGAAAAAAAAAGUGCUUUGGUGUUAGUAGUUGUACGCUGACACUUAUUGUUAAAAUUUAGGUAUUGCCUAAUACGUUCUAGAAAAUAUGCCGCUCAUUAUUUUAUAGUAACACACUGCAACACAGAUAGGAGACAAUCAAACAAACAAAAAAAGCAUACUCAGUAUUAUAUCUUAAUACCAGGGAUUUGAUUAGAUUUGUGAAUGGAUAUUAUGCUAUCCCUGUACAUCAAGAAAACUAGAUAAUGAGCAGCAUUUUUGUCCUUGUAUUUGUAUUUUGAAAACCUUGCAGGGCAAGGUACUCAUAACUUCAUUAUAGCUGACUCUGUAGCUAAUCUUCAUGGCACUUGUUUGUAGGUAUUUAAUAACAUUCCACUUUAAUUUCUGGAUUGCCAUCAUGAAGCUGAAUGGUUCUCUUAUUGUGUUACAUUUGCUUGACCUUUACUUGUACCAGGGCGAAGGUUUUUGUCUCCCUUUCUAAGGCCCAUUCUUGGAAAGACAAUUUUUCGUCGUUUUUCAUCUCAUUAUUACAAAUGGUCAGAGAGAGAGCACUUUAAUGCGAUUAAAUCAUUUAGGUGUUUCAGUAUUAACACCACAGUGUAAAUAAAAGAAUUUCUCCGUUUCUUGUUCUGUUUUUUUUUUUUUUUUCAAAAGAAAAAAAUUGUUUACUGGUGUGUUUUUAUUCAUGAGCGUUCAUUC